GAAAAUUUUAAGAGAAUUCUGGCAGACAUUCCUUGUGGAUUUUUCCUGAAAAAAAAUUUCAAGAGGAAUUUCUGGAGGAAUUCCUGAAUUUCUGGAAGAAUUUUUUGAAUAUUUCCUCGCGGAAUUCCUGAAAAAGUACCGGGAGAAAUUUCUUUAGGAUUAUCUGGAGGAAUCCGUGGAGGAAUUCAUGCACUAAUCUUUGGAGGAAUCUCUGUAGAUUGCAACAAGGAUUCCGAUCGAAAUGUUCGAUCUAGGAAUUCUGACUCAAUCUUCUCCACUUCUAGCAUCACUAAUUGUCCACGAUUGAAAUUCUUUCACAACGACAUUAUUUUUUUUUUUAUAAAUGAUAAUUUUGUCGAUAUUUUCCAUUGUACCGUGGAUACACAGUUACGGAUCAAUUCGAUGUUUAUGGUCAAAUGUCGGCUCUCUGCACAGCAUGACAUAACAUAGCAUAGUCUUCAUAGCAUAAACACUAUACUAUGCCACUCCAUGCCAUGCUAAGCUGCAACAUACGAUCGUAAACAUCGAAUUGAACCGUAACCGUGUGUGAUCCAUAACUGUAUAUCCACGGUAUUUGAUACGUUUAUAUUUUUUUUUAAGAAUCGUAAUAAUGACUCCAUAAUAAAUUUGCGCAAUGCCUUGAAAUCAUCACCAUCCGGAGCCUUCUCCAGAAUCCCAAUAAGAAGUAAUUGGCGAUGUUAGCACCACAUCAUGUUGAAACCCCUUCUUGGGAAUUCAUAUUGCGUGUAACACCAUAAUUUUAUUAUGCACCAUGAUCAUACAUAUAUUGCACCAUCAUUGUAGUGCCCCCCCUAAACAAGAACCCUGCGCACGCUAGUGAUCCUGUCGAGGAUUCCGAAAGAUUCCUGUCGAGGAUCCCGACAGAGUCCUGUCGAGAAUUCCGAAAGAUUCCUGUAGAGGAUUCCGGCAGAAUCCUUUCGAGGAUUCCGACAGAAUCCUGUCGAGGAUUCCGAAAGAUUCCUGUCGAGGAUCCCGACAGAAUCCUGUCGAGAAUUCCGACAGAAUCCUGUCGAGGAUUCCGGAAGAAUCUUGUCGAGAAUUCCGACAGAAUCCUGUGGAGCAGUGCACAAAAUUUUCGAGCAUGCACGAUGACCCAUGAUUUGGAUGCAUAUUCAUUCAUGCAAGAGUAAAAUCUCUUCACGUUACUGAAUGAACCGCCACAUCUUUGACAUAACCAUGAAGAUUUAUUUCUAGCCAUGCGCGCAAGUUCAUUUUCUUGAUCAGCUUCUUUCAAUGUUUAUGUUCAUUCACACUGAUUUUUUCACUGAAUAUUAUCACUUGACUGGCAUUCGUAGUAAGAUCGACGAGAGUUGUUCACGGCUUCGGUGUUAAAUCGGAUAUUUUUGUUGUGGAUUAGUGUGUUGUUUCGAGUGGAACCGGACAAUGGAAACAGACAGUCAAAGUUGUACACCACCCCCAUCAACAGCAGCCGGAAGUUCGGGAAAACGGGGAAGAAAACGAAAUGACAGCAAAAAAAGUCUUGCGGAAAUUGCUCUUGGUUUUAUCCGCCGGGAAGGUCCAAAGGCUUCAUGUGCCAUUGAUGCCGGAAGUGCGUGCCAAUAUUCCCAGGAUAAACUGGACGUCGGCAAUUUUAUCCGGCAUUUCAGGACCCGUCAUCUCGACUUUGCUACGGCAAAUGGUCUAUUCAAGGAAAAGGAAGUUCCAGCUAAGAAGAAAAGGGUUGUGCCCAAGAGACCAGUGGCAAUCGAUGCACCAUUGAUAAAGGAUUCACUGUUAAAAAUGGUUACCUACCACAACCUUCCACGAAGAUUUGUACAGUGGGAAGGCUUCAAGCAACUGUUUGACCCCUUGGGGGCAGCCUGUGGCAUGACCAUCAACGAAGUAAACAUGAUGCACGAUCUCACGGAAUUUGCCCAAAAAUUGCGAACGAAUAUUGCCGAGGAAAUGAGAGGACGAUUGGUAAGCCUGAAAAUAGAUUCUGCCGCUUACCAGAAUCGUCAUAUUUUGGGCGUUAACGCGCAAUAUGCUAUGAACGACAACGUAGUUAUUCGAACUCUGGGUAAGUAUGCAUAUGCCUAAACGAAACCGUAUGCACAGAAAAUUAGGUUCCUUUCAAGUACCAAAUCAACCUACGUUAUAUUCCGAAUAAUGACGUCUGAUUGUCUGUGGAAUACCUAAAUCUAAAAUUUUAAUUCCGUACUUAAUGAUCACACCCAUAAUUUCACAGGAAUGAUGAAGGUUAAAGAGCGCCAGACGGCGCGGUUCCUAAAAACUAAAGUUUUGGAACUGAUUUCGAGCUACGGAAUUGGAGUGGAUCAAAUUUUCUCGAUAACCUGCGACAACGGAGCCAACAUGCUGGCAACUGUACGACAGCUGAAGCAAGAGGCUGAGUUGAUGGCUUUUGAAUCAGAAGACCCUGAUAACGUCGAAAGACAAGACAAGGAGCUCCACACAUUCACAGCAGCAAUGUGUAACGAACUGCAAGAGAAUUUGAAUCUGAUUAGAUGCGCGGUCCAUACGCUCCAGCUCGCCAUUCUGGAUGUAGUGGACAAAUCCAACACAUCGGUAAAAAAAGUUACCGAAGUUGCCAAAAAGUUUAAGCAAAUUAAAUAUAAGCUUAGCUUCGCGAACCCGCCAUACCCACCGGUUUGGGGUCCGACUCGAUGGUGCGGAAUAUACAAAAUGAAUUCCAGCUUCCUCGAGUAUGAAUCCUUCCAUAAACAGUUGGCCCAACAGUUUCCAGAGCUCGAUCUCGGAGAUACUUGGGAGUUCAUUAAAAAUUAUGAAGAAGCUUUCAGACCGCUUUAUACCUGUACAAAAAGUAUGCAGUCGAAUCAUGUAUCACUACCAGAUUUUUAUUUGAGGUGGCUGAACUCCAUAAGGGAAGUGAAGAAUCUACCGCAAAACCCGUUUUCGACUCCAUUAACAGAAUCAUUGAUUGCCCGACUGCAAAAACUACGCCAAUCCCGAGCAUUCCAAAUCGCACUGUUUUUGGACCCUCGAUUGAAUUAUAAAGGUUCAAAGCUGUUCACACCGGAGGAAAAGGACCAGAUUCAGGUAAAUUUAAAUAAAGACUAAUGAUACUCAAUACACGGAUGAUGAUUUUAAAUCCAGUUCUGAUUGCCCGUCUUGAUUGAGCAUGCUGAACUUGAAAAAUUACUGAAACACCAGUAAACGCAUAGCUUUUUUAGAAAUGUGCAUAACAAUACAUGUUGUAUUAUUUAUAUUUAUAGGGCUACAUAAUCGACUUAUACAAAAGGAUUUCUUCAUACCACAGCUCUACAUCAGCGACUGCGGAAGCCUCGACAUCAGCAAAAGAAGAUGAUUUCGAUUCCUUCCUUACCGAAAUGUUUGGUGAAUGUGAUGUACCAACCACCGAUGAAGCUAAUGGCUCCCAAUUUCUGCAGCAGUUGAAAGCACUGGAGGUAGAACCAAGACAGAGUCACGCUUAUGAUGUUUGGCACCACUGGGUAAAUAGGAAAACCACACAUCCCGAACUGUAUGCCGUUGCGAUGGUUGUCUUAGCAGUGCCCUCCAAUCAAGUUUCUGUGGAACGUUCCUUCAGUGCUUUGCCUUUGGUGUUGACUGAUCUACGUUCCGGGAUAAGCGAAGAGAAUUUGGAAAACAUCCUCAUCAUAAAACUCAACAAGGAUUUGUUUGAUGCUGUCGCGACAUCCAUGUUCUUGCCAUCAUUGCCCUUGAACGAGUCCUCCAGUACGACGUAAGCGAGUCUUAAAGGGCAUACACGAUAAUCAAAUGUAUUUCUUACGACCUGAAGACUGAAGAUAUGCUUGGCUGUUUUCUUUUCUAUAUUUAAUCCUGAAUUCGUGUCCUUUGUAGUUGUAACUAAGGACUACAUUUUGUUUCACAAGACUGAUCAUCAUAAACGUUUUAAAUAAAUAAAAUGUCAAAAAGUACAAGCUUUUAUUUCAAUUUAGUUAGUGUACCUACACACAUUGGCGUAAAUACGGGGGGUCUAGGGAGGGCUUAGACCCCCCUAGAAUCCGAAUAGCCCCCCUACAAAAUCUUCAAAUUACACUGCGAAGCCUUCCUGAAUACUGAAAUUGGCUAUUAAGCCCCUCCUAGGAAUUUCACCUGGUGACGCCAAUGCCUACACAUAUGCAUUUAUUUGCAUGAUACAAAUAUUCUCAAUAUAUCUAUUUGCACGAAAAUUCACAUAAAUUGUAACAUCAAACACUGGUUGAUAAAGUAAUAACGUGAUGGAACCAAAGUGGACAAAACGAAUUUCGCAAAUUGACCCUUCUGGCCUAUUGAGGAUCAAACUCGAAUGUAUUAAAGUAUUAGAUAUUCCACUUAUUAAACAUAUUCCCGUAGAUGUUGAUUGAAAAUCCAUCAAUUAAUGCAGCAACGACGUUGAAGUUUAGCAUGGUAUCAACCGACUAAUCGCCAGUUGUUCGACGAUAACCGCAUUCGAUAAAUAAGAUUUGAACGAACUAAAUUGACCUUCAACAACAUACUAAUCACUCGGCUUCAUUGGUCAAUAAUUUUAAUCUGACGGCUCCUAGAUCAAUUUUUGUGCCAAUCUUCCAGGUGUCACUGCAUCAAUUUUCAAUUAAUAGUUGAUCUCAUCGGGGUAAUGUUUAGAGGGGUUUAGUAGUGCUACCACACUUUUUGAAUUCAAUUUCAUCGCCUUUCUUCCAUAUAAAUCCAUGGUGAAUGGUAAAAUAGCAAAAACUGUAGAUUGCAUCGGGAACGCACCUGCAAACAGUAGUCGUAAGAUCUGAAAGAGUUUUGUUUGUUUAAUCAUUAUUAUUAUUCAUUGUCAUGCUUUACUCACGGAUUUCUGAUGUUUACUCUGCUCCUGGAUGGCCGUCGACUGUAUUUUCUUAUUUUCUACAAGAAAAAAAUGGAACAAAGUAUCAAAAACAUAAUAUAUACCUACCAGUCAAUACUUCCCGUAAAAAAGCAUUUUUCUGUAGCACCAAAAAGACCACCACGAUCACUUUUAAAAGUAAAAACCGAGACAAAAAUGGUUUAAUUUCCGCGAACAAACUGUGGAAUCUUGUUUUGUUUUUGACAACCGGUUUGCUUUGGACUGAUGUCGUUUGUGUUGAUUCAUUACACGGUAAACUUAGGUUGCAUCAUCGUAUCCCAAGGCACACCUAGAAUGCAUAACAAAUUUUGAACAUGCUUAUCUACAUUAUUGUAAAAUAUCAAAACCAAAACAUAAGGUAUUGCUAAUUUUUUUUGCAAAAAAAAAGCUGAUUUGGGAAGCACUAACUUUCACUUCCAUGUAACUUUAGUUCGAUCAAUGCACGCCAAGACAAUCAGGAAGGCAAUUAGCCAAUUUUGCGUAGCACUCGCGCGUUUCUGUGUGAUGUUGUUUAAGAGUGUUUGUCGCCCAUUCAUUCGGCAAACAUUACGAUGCGAGGCUAGCAAAACAAACCCUUUCCUGGCAAUCGAUGUACAAUCGAGCAAAAAUGUACAAUCGAAAUAGCAUGCUUGUUAAAAACAUUAUUAUUGCUAAAUUCUACAAAGUGAACCAUUUUUAUUUAUACAGACUGUUGCGUUGCGCAAAAAUUUAAAAUUGUGAAUGCUCCGCUCCAACGUUAAAUCGUUUUGGCGUUUGCAGCGCAGUAUUCCUUAGUCCAUUCACGAACUUAUUGUACAAAGACCAGCAAGAUUAAAUGUUAUUAACGAUUUUGCAUUUCUUCCGCUCUAUUUUUCUAGCAUAAUAUUUAAAAAUUGAAAAAGUUAUUAUUUUGUUAAAUAUUUCAGGCCAAACAUGUCUAAAGGUCCUAUCUGCAGAAGAGAGGCUCUCUUUGGUUUCCCUCUCUUUCGUUAAUAUCUCAGCUUUUCGUUUGAAUUAAGAUUAUCUCCUUGCAUAGAACGAUGGUCAAAUCAAUCGUCUUUUGAUUUGUACUGCAAAAGUAGUUGAAAAGUUUACCAUUACAUUGCAAUAAUUGAAAGAGAAAGUGAAUAAAGAGAGCCUCUCAAAUGCAGAUAGGACCUAUUGAAAUGUUCGGCCUGAUUUACGGUUGCACUUUUUCUUUGCAACGGCCGGAAAGGGUUCACAACAAGCUUUGAAGGUUUGAUUGAAUGGAGUAGUGGGUUCAUCCCGGUGCACAUUCACUCAAGCUACAA